GGACGUAGAAUGCUUAUGCCGAAACGAGCAUUGUGAACCGCAAGUGGAAUGGUGGGAAUAGACAUCUUGCAGCAUGGGACUCUGAUCUCUUACAGGGGUAAUGCGCCAUCGUCUACGCACAUUUGUGCAUAUAUUGGCAUACACCAGUUGCCUUGUUUCUAUGGACAACUAAGAACAGCAGCCGACCAUGAGCAGCAAGUCUCGUCCGUUCCCCGGAGCCGUAGCUGUUCCACUUCGUGUUCCAACAGCAAUUGAACCACCAUGUCCGCCAACAUGCCCUCCAUCCUCGCCGAGGCUCUUUCCCAAAUACAUUGUCACGGGCGAAACAAUGCAAGCCGUAUCUCCAUGUGCGGCCAUUGAACUGAUUGAUCGACUCAAAGAGGAUAAGGACGAGCGAGGCGGGACAAAAUGGGGGUUUAGGUGGAUAGACGCCAAAACCGUCUUGAUGAUUUGGCGGAAAUCUGGUAAUCCGAGCGGUGAUUUUGGAUUAAUACUUCAAGAAAUCCUCGGCUGGCCUGAUCAUGAAGUAGUGCUGCAAAGAGUAUAUUGCGAAAAACGUACGUUAGUUUAAGUGUGGUGGUCCAAGCAUCUGGAGGUAGUUUUAUAAUGCAGUUUUUAAACUUUUGUUGCUCAAUUGUAUCAACGGGGGAAUCAUGUGCAUGUAAACAGUCAACUAGAUAUUGACUCUCAUCAAGUGCCAAUGUUUGAGCGGAGCAAUCAAGUAUACAAUCCUGAUCCAGGCUGCAGAACAUGUAGAGCUAGCCUAUACUACAUCAUUACCGCUGCUUGAC